AUGCUGAUCAGCGGCCGCAUUAUCGAGCUCGUUACCAACAACAAUCCUCAAGACCUCUCCACCAUCCUACGUGUGCUUCGCGUCACAUGGGCCAACUCCAUGCUGCACGGCAUCCCGAUGCCCAAGAUCCCUCGCGUACUCCAGCCGUUCAUGUGCGCGCUCGACAUUCACGGCGUGCCGACCGAAGGCCCGCUCAAGACUGCGCUUCAAGUCACCAAAUCCAUCCGCGUUCGAGGCGAUCAUCUCCCGCGCGCUCUCAAUUCCGAUGGCAACUUCCUAGGCGCUAUGAUCGCCAUGGCCACGAUGGGCGCAGUCCAGUCACCUGAACGAUGCAGAAGGUGUUUGAGGGGCAAUGGAUCCUUUGGUGCUUCCCACAACGAUUGCCGUGUGCUGCGCGUCAACGACCAAAUCCUUUUCGAUGGAGCCUGCAUUUCCUGUCUCGCUCAACAGGGCGUUCGCUGCACAUUGGCAAACCGCGAAAUCAUCGAUCUCGAAGAGGAAGACGAGGUGCAGGUCGUCGCUGGGCCAGCGGGCGGUGCUGCGGAGGACGAUGAUGACAUUCAGAUGGUUCCCAGCCCGGCUGAUGGCAUGGUCUGA